GACCUCCUGCCCUGGCUCCUCCCCUUGCUUUCUGCCCACCAUCAGUCACCAGCUCUCCUGUGACCCCAAGUGACUGCCACACACCACUAGAGAAGUCAUUGUCUUCCACAUCCCCCCUUUUCCCUUGCCCUCCCCCAGUUCCUCCUCCCCUUCAUGGUAUAUUUUUCUUCCACACUUUCCUGCAUCCACCAGUGGCUGUGGAGUCUGCGUGGGGCUCGGUGGAGUUGAAAGUCUAGAGCCUUUUGCUGUUUUGUUUAAGACCUGGUUAUGGUUGUGAGAUUUUUUUUUUUUUUGUCAGCUGCCUGUUAUAUCAAUCACGGAGUCGGGAUCUAUUUAUAGGUUGGGAGUACUGUGUCCUUAGUCACAAAGAGACACAGACAGGGGACUGUCAGCUGGUACCGGAGGAGCGGAGCAACGAGUUAUCAGCAACCAAAAGCACCUGAGGGGGCCGCACAUUCCACCCCAGCCCCGUCCUCCACACCAGCCCCAAGCAUGCUGCUGAAUAGGAUGUCCUCAGACGACAGGCACCUGGGCUCCAGCUGCGGCUCCUUCAUCAAGACUGAGCCGUCCAGCCCGUCCUCGGGCAUCGAUGCCCUCAGCCACCACAGCCCCAGUGGCUCGUCCGACGCCAGCGGUGGCUUUGGCCUGGCCCUGGGCACCCACGCCAACGGUCUGGACUCGCCACCCAUGUUUGCAGGCGCCGGGCUGGGAGGCACCCCAUGCCGCAAGAGCUACGAGGACUGUGCCAGCGGCAUCAUGGAAGACUCGGCCAUCAAGUGCGAGUACAUGCUCAACGCCAUCCCCAAGCGCCUGUGCCUCGUGUGCGGGGACAUUGCCUCUGGCUACCACUACGGCGUCGCCUCCUGUGAGGCUUGCAAAGCCUUCUUCAAGAGGACCAUCCAAGGGAACAUCGAGUACAGCUGCCCGGCCACCAAUGAGUGCGAGAUCACCAAACGGAGGCGCAAGUCCUGCCAGGCCUGCCGCUUCAUGAAAUGCCUCAAAGUGGGGAUGCUGAAGGAAGGUGUGCGCCUUGAUCGAGUGCGUGGAGGCCGCCAGAAAUACAAGCGACGGCUGGACUCAGAGAGCAGCCCGUACCUGAGCUUACAAAUUUCUCCACCUGCUAAAAAGCCAUUGACCAAGAUUGUCUCAUACCUACUGGUGGCCGAGCCAGACAAGCUCUACGCCAUGCCUCCCCCCGGUAUGCCUGAGGGGGACAUCAAGGCCCUGACCACUCUCUGUGACCUGGCAGACCGAGAGCUUGUGGUCAUCAUUGGCUGGGCCAAGCACAUCCCAGGCUUCUCGAACCUCUCCCUGGGGGACCAGAUGAGCCUGCUGCAGAGUGCCUGGAUGGAGAUCCUCAUCCUGGGCAUCGUGUACCGCUCGCUGCCCUAUGACGACAAGCUGGUGUAUGCUGAGGACUACAUCAUGGAUGAGGAGCACUCCCGCCUCGCGGGGCUGCUGGAGCUCUACCGGGCCAUCCUGCAGCUGGUGCGCAGGUACAAGAAGCUCAAGGUGGAAAAGGAGGAGUUUGUGACGCUCAAGGCCCUGGCCCUCGCCAACUCCGCCGGCUCAGACCCAGCUGUCACGUGGCCAUCAGCAGGUGCCUCCCUGCUAUGCUGGGAUAUAGAUUCCAUGUACAUCGAGGAUCUGGAGGCUGUCCAGAAGCUGCAGGACCUACUGCACGAGGCGCUGCAGGACUACGAGCUGAGCCAGCGCCACGAGGAGCCCCGGAGGACGGGCAAGCUGCUGCUGACGCUGCCCCUGCUGCGGCAGACGGCCGCCAAGGCCGUGCAGCACUUCUAUAGCGUCAAACUGCAGGGCAAAGUGCCCAUGCACAAACUCUUCCUGGAGAUGCUGGAGGCCAAGGUCUGAUGGCCCUGCACACGGACCAAUACCCACCUACAGACGGACAAACGGGCAGACCGAGGUGGAGACCUCCACAGCCACCAGCCUCCACCUUCAACCCCUGUAUCAUGGCUCUGAGCUGUCCCAGAGGCAGGGGUUUCUCACCUCCUGGCUGUGUGCAGACUCUCGG